UUUAUUGGUUUGUUGUCACAUCACAACUACGGUGUUUGAUUUGACGUGUGUGUUGACAUCAAGCGAUAGUUUAUGCAUUUUGCGUAAAUUGCUAGUAGUUUCUAGAAAUUUUAAAUUAAAAAGGUAAAAUAAAUCGAUGGCGAGUUAUACCGAUCUAGUGAAUAAAUUCGGGAAGGAAACAUCAAGGUCAGCAUGUAAAAAGUGUGGUUAUGCUGGCCAUUUAACUUUUCAAUGUAGAAACUUUAUUAAAGUUGACCCAAACAAAGAAAUCGUAUUGGAUGUCAGCAGCACAAGUAGUGACAGUGAGGUAGAAUAUGCGACACCAUUGCAGAGUCUCAGAGAAGCAGAGUUGCGCCAAAAAUUACAAGAGAAGAUUAAGAAGGUUAAAGAAAAGAAAAAAAGCAAAAAAAGGAAGAGAUCUAGGUCAUUGAGUUCAUCUAGUACAAGCAGCUCUUCAUCAUCAAUAUCUACAGAUAGUAGUAGUAGUGAUUCAGAAAAAGAGAAAAGAAAAAAACAUAAAAAGAAGAAAUCUAAAAAGUCCAAGAAAUCUCACAAGAAAGAACAUAAACAGAGAAGAAAAUAGUUAUUAUAUUGAUAAGUUUUAUAAUAAUAGCUGAUUAUAAAUAAAUAAUUCAUUAAGUUGUUAUAGUUUCAAAAGGCUAAAUAGAUGUGGAACAGAAUAGUAUUUCAGAAGAUGCAUUGGAAUGAGUAUAUGUAUUUAUAUACACACAAUAUGACUACUUCUCUUUGAUGUAAUGUUGAUCUAAAGCUUCGUCCACAUUAAAUGAUCAAUCUUUGAUUGGCAUUCCAGUAAUAUACAAUCCAAGACAUAGAUUAUGGAUUGAAUUUCAAAUGACUAAACAUUGGAUUGCAUGAUAAUCAUAUGUUGUAGAUCUGGUUCAAGAAGUUAAUAAAUAAAGGCACUAGUAUGAGCUCUUAAAAUAUUUUUUAUAAAGAUUACGCUAUUGAUGUUUUCAUGAAUCUUGUGCUGAAACUGUAUUAAUUUACAAAGAGAGAUCUAAUUAAUAUAAGUUUAACUCAAUAUUGUUGACAGAUCUACCAAGUAUAUAUAAAGUGAAAAAGGUUAGGUAUUAAUAUGUCGAGACUUGCAAGGAUAAAAAAAAAUUAAUGAGAUAUAUAACACAUACAAAUUAAAAUGAAACCUGAGGCUCUAUUCUAUUUGUCCUUGAAUGAAAAUUCAGAAAACUCCAAAUCAUUCUCAUCAAUCUUAUUAAAAUCAUAUCUGUGCAUCAGAGACAGUGUCAGCUCCUGCCUCCGUUCUAUUAAUAAUUAUCAAAAAUUGCAUUUCUUUGGAGUCGUAUUAGCAUUUCGAAAAUUGAUGAAAUUUGUUUUCAGAGAAAUAGAAUAGGCCAUUAUGUGUUAUGUUGAUUUGUAAGAGUCGUACACAAUUAACAAUGUAGAUUCGUCUGUCUUAAUAUUUGUGUUGAAAUCUUUAGUUCUGUUUUACUUCAUGCAAUGUUGUAAAAUUGUCUACACAUGUUGAUGUAUUAAAAUGAACAUUUUUAUAUAUAGUAAAUAAAAUGCAUUUUUGUAUUAUUCUUAAGGUCGAUUUUAAACCAAAUGGUUGAAUGCUCAUUUUAUCCCCACUAUAUUCGAAUUUUUAGUGUAAACAGUCUUCGAGCAAUCGCUCAUUGUUCUAUCUGCAUUCGUAAAGAUGCUAUUGAACAUUCAAAGAAUGCUCAUUUGCUUGAUGUAAACGGCACUAUAGAAUACGAAAUGUUGCUGAGAGCGUUCUUGUGUUCCAGUGAUUUGAGUACAUAUAGCUAUCGAUUACACAAGCAUUCAUUUGAUCUAAACGUUGUGCAGAAUUGUAGUUCUCGGUACGAGCAGAAUGAGAAUUCUUGCUUGUUGAUAUUCGUUUGGUGUAAACACUUAAAACGAAUUUUUGUUUACACUAGAAGAACAAUUAAGAAUGCUCGUGUUCUUGCUCUGGCUCUUUGUACAUUUGGUUUAAAUCCACCUUAACAUUACAUGUGAUCGAGUGCCAG